CUAGCCAAGCCAUGCGGGCCCGGGGCGCGCCACUCGGUCGCACAUCGCGGCUGCUGCUUCUGCUACUGCUCAAGGUUUCCUCUUUCUCUUCUGCGCUCGGGUUUGUCCCUGCGGCCAGAAAGGAAACUUGUCUCGGGGAGGGCUGCUCACCUACAUUGAUCCAGCGCCGCAGCAGGGAUGUUUGGGGACCAGGAAUUUUUGCAAGAGACGUUCUGAGAGCACGCGCACCCAGGGAGGAACCAGAGAAAGGGGCACGAGAUGUGCCCUCCGGGGACCUACGGGCUGCCCGGGGCGGUGACCCUGGUGCCUCUAGAGGGGCGGAGACGUCGGCGGUCGGGCCCUCGGGACCUCCACUUGGAGCCUGGAGGUGGAAAGAUGCCCGCAGUCAGGAGGCACCUGGAAAUUUGGGGAGAGGGGACCCAAUGGCCCUCCAACUCUUCCUUCAGACCUCAGAGGAGGACGAGAAGAGUGCCAGAAGCUCUGGUAUUUCCCGGCGCAGCCAGGAGCAGAGCGUGAGAACAGAACCCGGAGCCAGCGAUCUUUUCUAUUGGCCAAGAAGAGCAGGGAAACUACAGAGUACCCACCACAAGCCCUCAUCCAAAACAAUUAAUGGACCCGCAGGGCACGAAGGGAGGACAAUUGCACCUCCCGGCAGGGCACUACCCCAGAAUGGGUCCUCUGGUGAGGGAGUUCAUGAUCACUGGGGUCCCCGUAGGGGGAACAGCACCAGCCGGCGGGUGAGAUUGAAGAACCCCUUCUACCCGCUGACCCAAGAGUCAUAUGGAGCCUACGCAGUCAUGUGUUUAUCAGUGGUGAUCUUUGGAACCGGCAUCAUUGGCAAUCUGGCGGUGAUGUGCAUUGUGUGUCACAACUACUACAUGAGGAGCAUCUCCAACUCCCUCUUGGCCAACCUGGCCUUCUGGGACUUUCUUAUCAUCUUCUUCUGCCUUCCACUCGUCAUUUUCCACGAGCUGACCAAGAAGUGGCUGUUGGAGGACUUCUCCUGCAAGAUUGUGCCCUAUAUCGAGGUUGCUUCUCUAGGAGUUACUACCUUCACCUUGUGUGCGCUGUGUAUAGACCGCUUCCGCGCUGCCACCAAUGUACAAAUGUACUAUGAGAUGAUCGAAAACUGUUCUUCAACGACGGCCAAACUAGCUGUGAUUUGGGUUGGCGCUCUGCUGCUGGCACUUCCAGAGGUCGUUCUCCGCCAGCUGAGCAAGGAGGAUCUGGGGUUCAGUGGCCGGGCUCCUGCAGAACGAUGUGUCAUAAAGAUCUCUCCCGAUUUACCGGACACCAUCUACGUUUUAGCCCUCACCUAUGACAGCGCGAGGCUCUGGUGGUAUUUUGGCUGUUACUUUUGUCUACCCACACUUUUCACCAUCACCUGCUCUUUAGUGACUGCAAGGAAAAUCCGCAAAGCAGAGAAAGCCUCUACCCGAGGGAAUAAGCGGCAGAUCCAGCUAGAAAGCCAGAUGAACUGUACAGUAGUGGCGUUGACCAUUUUGUAUGGGUUUUGCAUUAUUCCUGAAAAUAUCUGCAAUAUCGUCACUGCCUACAUGGCUACCGGAGUUUCACAGCAGACAAUGGACCUACUUAAUAUCAUCAGUCAGUUUCUUUUAUUCUUUAAGUCCUGCGUUACCCCCGUCCUCCUCUUCUGUCUCUGCAAACCCUUCAGUCGUGCGUUCAUGGAGUGCUGCUGCUGUUGCUGCGAAGAAUGCAUCCAGAAGUCUUCAACAGUGACCAGUGAUGACAACGACAACGAGUACACCACAGAGCUCGAACUGUCUCCUUUCAGUACCAUACGCCGGGAAAUGUCCACUUUUGCUUCGGUUGGAACUCAUUGCUGAAGGAC